CGUUCAACAACACUGCGCCUGCGUCCUGAGCAUUUUGAAACAGUGUCGCUAUUGUUUGCGAAUCAACAGCUUGCGAACAUACUUUAUGGUAGAUAGGAAACGAAGAAGGUAGCUGACAUUGCGAUUCCGCAUAAUUACUCUUUACGUCCUGAACUGCACGGCAUUGCUUUCAAACAGAAGACCAAACCGAGCAUUUGAGUGGAAAGGGAAGAUUUGCAACAGGUUGUUUUCAAAUGUUUUAGUUGAUCGCUGCGUAUACCUUCGUGCCCCUUGUGGAUUUACUUGGAGAGUGAGCAUGCCUUUGGGACUGAGAAAAAAGAAAAACAAAUCAAAAGAAAGUUCUACUUUGGUAGAAAAUGAAGAGGUUGAUGGAGCAACAGAUGGAAGCGCCAGAAAGUCAGCCGUGAAUGGUGGCGGACUGCCACCUCCACCUGCCUGCCUGCGACCGAAACUGGUGUUCCACACGCAGCUCGCCCACGGGAGUCCUACUGGCAGGAUUGAGGGUUUUACGAACGUGAAAGAGCUGUACAAGAAAAUUGCAGAGGCGUUCAAUUUAAGCCAACCAGAGAUUCUAUUCUGCACCCUGAACACCCACAAGAUUGACAUGGAGAAGCUGCUGGGUGGGCAGAUCGGCCUGGAGGACUUCAUCUUCGCACACAUUAAAGGGCAGAAGAAGGAGGUGGAGAUCCUCAAGGCUGAGGACGCCUUGGGGCUCACCAUCACAGACAAUGGAGCUGGCUACGCUUUUAUCAAGCGCAUCAAAGAGGGCAGUGUGGUAGACACUGUGAAGGUGAUUUGUGUUGGCGACCACAUAGAGUGCAUCAAUGGAAAGAACAUUGUCGGAACACGGCACUAUGAGGUGGCCCGGAUGCUGAAAGAGCUACCUAAAGGCGAGGCCUUCACUCUGAAACUGGUGGAGCCCAUGAAAGCUUUUGACAUGUUGGAGCCAAGAAGGGGUGCUGCCAAACCUGCCAGUGAGAACAAAAUUGCCUCUGGGAGAGGAACUUUGAGACUGCGCUCUAAAGGGCCUGCUACUGUUGAGGAAGAGCCAACAGAGUUUGAGGAGAAGGCAGUGAAGAAGGUGGAUGAUCUCCUGGAGAGUUAUAUGGGAAUCCGGGACACAGAGUUAGCUGCUACCAUGGUAGAAGUGGGCAAAGAUAAAAGUAACCCAGAUGAGUUUGCGAUGGCCCUGGAUGAAACCCUUGGAGACUUCGCCUUCCCUGAUGAAUUUGUCUUUGAUGUUUGGGGGGCCAUUGGUGAUGCCAAGCAGGGACGCUUUUGAAGCUGAAAGACUGGACUAGACCAGAGCAGCCAAUGGGAUUCUGUGUCAGCAAUGCAUUGAACAGCAAUAGUGAGUACACGACUUUUGUAAAGCAACACUGUGAACAAUAUUGCAAUAAACACAAAAGGUAUCUAAAAUAUGCACAGGCUAAAUGUAAUACAACAUCCAUUGAACUUAAAACAGAUAUAUAAUGACUUAUUUUUACACAUUUUUCAUUUAUGAGGAAAUUUCGGUGGUACACUGCUUAUUCUCUGGAGUGGUGAAAGUGAUUUAGUGAUUAAGUAUGACGCCUGAUCUGAAUUCUUUUUCCAUCAUCCAUGGGGAGUUUUUAAAUUAUUAACCAUACCAUUCUAAGCUCAAUAGAUAUUGUAUUAAACUUAGUCUAUGCACAUUUUGGAAAUAACUUGUGUGAUUAUCAAAAUAUUGUUCAAUGCUACUUUUCAGAAGGUACUCAUUUUUGCUGGGCACUGCACAUUAAAGGCAGAGACAGGACACAUGCUACUCUACAGUGGAUAUAACAGAUAUGUGAACCCUUUUGGAAUUUAUUGGAUUUCAGAUUGAACUGAUCGUAAAGUGUGCCCUGAUCUCCAUAACUUGAAAUGCACAAAAAUGACACAUUUUCAUUUUCAUUGAACACAACAUGUAAAUAUUCACAGUGUGAGGUAGAAAUAGUAUGUGAACCCAUUGGCUAAUGACCUUUUCCACCUUUCACUGUGAAUGCUGUAUUCCAUAAGCAAAUGAAUAAAUGAAUGAACAAAUGAUUAGUUCAAGCAGAAUGUAUUUGUUGUGAACUACAUGAGGAUCAGAACACAUUUUAUCCCAAAUUCAUGAAGAAAUCAAAGUAAUUCCAAAUGGUUUGCGUACUUUUUCUAGCCACUGUAAGUGUACCGUAUUUCAUAAUCUGAACUGCCGUCAGAGCAUUGGACAAACACUGAAUAUCCAUUUUGCCUCAGCAAUGCCAUCCACUGAAAAAUGUUAGAGAGAGAGAGAUCUAGAAUUCUGUGGUAAGGGAGCAUUUAUAAGUCAGAAUGUAGAGAUUCAACCGCACUUCCGUCCAAACUCUCACACUGAAAUUAUAGCACACUUUUUUCAUAAACGUUUCACAUUUUUUCUUUUUGUCUGAUUAUUUUGUACAUUGACCCGUAUCUUCAAAGUUAACUUGUAGUGUUUUUGAAAAGAAUAUAUUGUUGAAUUGUGUUGAGAACUAAGAGAUCAGAGUUGGUAAAGUUUUUGCAUUCUGCCUGCUCUAUUGAUAUUAAACAGCAGUUUUUUUGUGUCUUAACAGUGCGACCAAUUUGACACGGGGUGGUUUCUUUUUACAGUCUUUAAUUUGUCCAUAAUUAAAUUGAUUUCACAUUAAGAAAGUGAAAGUCUGGUCUCAACAAAGGUGAUCAGCUAAUUUUAUUAAUGACAGGCUUCUCACUCCCAGUCGGAUGUAAAAUUCCAUGACCUUCCCUGACCUAAAAUCUGAAUUUCCAUGACUUUCUUGAGGAAACGCCCAAUAUUCAUUACAGUGAACUUUCGGAAGCACAUGUUAUUAGUUUUCUACAUCAUAUGGAUAUGGAGGACUAUGUCAAAACGAAUGACUUGCACAGAUACACAGGUUUUAGCUAUUAAACCUCUACCGAUAUUCCCCGGUAAUCCCUGAUUGUGGGCAAAAAUCAUCUAAUUGAUGGACUUUCCCAGUCUGGAAUAGCAUUAACUGAAAUUACGACAUUCCACAAUAUUCUAGAAUUUUCCUAACCUGUGGGCACUCUGUAAGGAGUGAAUUAUUUGGAAUGUGCGUGUGCGUGUGCGUUGCGCAAAUGUAUCCAUAUUUAAGGCUUUAGUGGUACAGCUUUAAAGGAUACCCUGGAAGAAAUAUUUAUGCCUAGAUAUCUCAUAUUAUUUGAGGUAAUAUAAAUUGGUAUAUUGAGUGCCAUCAUUUCAGUUAUCUUCAUAUAUGGAUUGUCGAUUUUGUCUAAUUUAGUGAAUUGUUUGGAGAAUGAAUCACAACCUUGUGUACAUAGUUGGCAUACAGACCUGUUGUUAACCAACUAUAGUUAGUGUGCAGACCUUGUGGUGAAUACUGGGCUAGAAUAGCGAGCAACACGGUCCGACUUUUCUUUCCGUAACUGCCUUUUCUAUAUCUGUAUGGUUAUGAUGAUGUGUGUAUGAGGACGAGAAUGCCUUUUAGCUCUACUUGCUCUGAACAUGAGUGGCACCAUAUUAAAUAAUAGCAAUACAGAGUUGGUACUACAGUGGUGGUUUGGUUAAAAUUGUAUAAUGUGAACUUUUCUUUAGCAUUGCUGAUAUUGUAUCAGUCCACACGGAAAGGGGGAUUAUAGAUGUUUAAACUAACAUUCCUACAUUGUUAGUUUGUUUUGUACAGAGUCCUGACAUGUACACUUGUAAGUUGGUAGAUAUACAAUUGUAUUUUUGAUCUUUUUAAUUUAUUCAAUUAUUAUUGUUUUAAGAUGUAUGCAAAAGGAAAACAUUUUUAUGGUCUUAAUUCAAUAAACUUGGGCACUUGAAA